AAGAGAGAGGAGCUCCCAGUCGGUCCGCCACCGGAGGAAACAACAGCGGGAGGAGAAGAAGAAGAAAGAAAGAAAAGCCUGAUAAACAAACCGCAGCUGAAUAAAAACGCCAACAAGAAGAAGACAAGAUGGUGGCGAAGCAGAGGAUCCGGAUGGCGAACGAGAAGCACAGCAAGAACAUCACGCAGCGAGGAAACGUGGCCAAGUCAACGAGGAACAUGGUGGAGGAUAAAGGUGUGGGUCCCUGGCUGCUCGCCCUCUUCGUCUUCGUCGUCUGUGGAUCAGCCAUCUUCCAGAUCAUCCAGAGCAUCCGGAUGGGCAUGUAGUGAUGUCACCUGCAGAGGGCGGGGCUUCGACAGCAGCCGCCAUGUUCCCGCCUGGACCGCCGAAACAUUCCUGAACUCUGCCCGCCUCCCCCUCCCCUCCCCUCCCCCACGCCGACCUUCCCACAGUGUUCCUGUAAACAAGCCAUACAUGUGCCUUUCUCUGUUUACCUACUCUUUGGCCCCGCCCCCUCUGAUUACACCUUAUCAGUACAAGCGGCGGGGGGAGGGGGGGGGGGGUCAUAGUCCAACCUGCUCCUGUAAACUGAACCAGAAUCUGUUUAAUUCCAGACCAGAACCCGGUGUGAGGUUUCUACUUUUCUAAUUUUCCACAUUCCAGCUGAGUCUGAUCUGAUGUCUCCUCCUCCUCCUCCUCCUCCUCCUCCUCCUCCUCCUCCUCCUCCUCAGUGGAAAUGAGAUGAAGGUCUUUUGAAUCAGAAGGUUUGGAGGUGCUGACAGGUGUGUCUGCACUGUGUGCAACAACACCUGAACAAUCUUGCUCACUUAAUAAAGUUUCAUUUUGAAGACGGA